UGUCAUCUCUAUCCAGUGGUGAGUGUGAGCCGCUGUGAGUCUCCCCUCGUGUUUGCUGUUUUAUUGUUUGAUAUUUCUACACGAGUGGGUUUAACUUUGCGUGUGUGAAUUACUGCCCACAGUGCUUUAGGCACCUCACAAGGCACGUGCACAUUCAGAGGACAAAAAAAAAAUGCUAAAGACGGUUGAAGUUGUCUGUUAAAAGAAAAAAUACAUGCAUUUCUACACAACCAUGGUGGUGUUAGUGGCAGCGGCAAGUUGGUGGCGGGUACAAAGCAAAACGGGAUAGUGUUCGUCACUUUUGAGGAUGAGCGUGUUCGGAAAGUGUCACUAUCGUUCGAUGUAAAGUUGAGAGGGAAGCCGCAGGAGAAAGGGGAGUCUCCGCCCGGAGGGAGAAGAAGAAGAAGAAGAAGAAGGAGGAGAAGAGGAGGAUGGAGAUGAGGAUGCUUCACGUCGCGGUGCUUGUCAGCGUCUAACUGGGCGAAGGCCACUGGUCUACUUUGCUGCUGUAAGGUAGAGCAGCCCCGCUCUGCCCGAGAAGCAGUGACAGACGAACAAACAGACCGCCCUGUGAGGUGUUCUCCUUUUCAUGGAUGCCAGGGUGGCCCUGCUGUACUUGUGGACAGUCCUCGUCCUCCUGAUCGCUGAACUGAAGGGGACUGAUGCUGCAGAGGUCUACACCAACACCUGGGCUGUCCAGAUCAACGGGGGACCAGAGGAGGCUGACCGCAUCGCCAGGGAACAUGGUUUCAGCAACCUCGGCAACGUUUUUGGAGAUUAUUAUCACUUCAGGCAUCAUGCCGUGGAGAAGAGGGCUUUGUCUGGCCACAGGGGGAUGCACGUCACACUGCAAAAAGAACCACAGGUCCUGUGGAUGGAGCAGCAAGUGGUGAGAAAAAGAAAGAGGAGGGAUGUGUAUGAAGAUCCAACGGACCCUGAUUUCCCCAAGCAGUGGUACCUGUCCAACCCAACACACCAAGACCUGAAUACCAAAGAAGCCUGGGUUCAAGGCUUCACAGGAAGAGGAGUUGUGGUGACGAUCCUGGAUGAUGGCAUUGAGAAGGACCAUCCUGACCUCGUCAACAAUUAUGACCCAGAGGCCAGCUAUGAUGUUAAUGACGGAGACACUGAUCCCCAACCAAGAUACACUCAGCGGAAUGAGAAUAGACAUGGAACUCGAUGUGCAGGAGAAGUUGCCGCUGCAGCCAACAACAGCGUGUGUGGUGUGGGCGUGGCCUAUAAUGCUAAAAUUGGAGGAGUUCGCAUGUUGGAUGGGGACGUGACAGACAUCGUCGAGGCACAUUCCCUCAGCCUGAAUCCUCAACACAUCCACAUCUACAGCGCCAGCUGGGGCCCAGAAGAUGAUGGCAAGUCACUGGACGGCCCUGCCAAGCUGGCUCAGGAGGCUUUUCUCCAGGGAAUUACCAAGGGACGCAGCGGACUGGGAUCCAUCUUUGUGUGGGCCUCGGGUAAUGGUGGACGAGAGCAGGACAACUGCAACUGUGACGGAUACACCAACAGCAUUUACACCCUGUCCAUCAGCAGCACCACGCAGUCCGGCAACGUGCCGUGGUACAGUGAGCCCUGCUCCUCCACACUCGCCUCCACCUUCAGCUCCGGAAACCCAGGGGAGAAACAGAUAGUGACCACAGACCUGAGGCAUAAAUGCACAGACUCUCACACGGGAACAUCUGCAUCAGCCCCACUAGCUGCUGGGAUCAUCGCUCUGGCUCUGGAGGCAAAUAUGAACCUGACCUGGAGGGACAUGCAACACCUGGUCGUGAGAACGUCUCAGCCCGGAUACCUCAGCGCCGGAGACUGGAAGACAAAUGGAGUUGGACGCAGAGUGAGUCACUCGUAUGGUUAUGGGCUGCUGGAUGCCAGCGCUAUGGUGGCUAUGGCACAGAACUGGACAACAGUGGGGCCACAGCAUCAGUGUGUUCACACCAUGCUGGAAGAGCCAAGAGACAUCGGAAACAAGCUGGUGUUCAGCAAGAGCGUGGAUGCCUGCUGGGGACGGCCCGACUAUGUCAGCUCUCUGGAACACGUCCAGGCUCGCCUCACUCUCUCCCACAACCAGAGAGGAAAAUUGGCCAUUCAUCUCAUCAGCCCACUGGGCACACGCUCCACCCUGCUGUUCCCCAGGCCCAAUGACUUUUCCUCCGAGGGAUUCAACAACUGGGCUUUCAUGACCACGCACUCGUGGGACGAGGAUCCUCAGGGUGAAUGGACGCUGGAAAUUGAAAACGUCGCGGCUAAUGGACGCGACUAUGGUGUGUUGAAGCAGCUCACCCUCACCCUGUGGGGCGGUGGACCCAGCGUCGUCAACCCCUCGUCGUCCGAUUUCCCCCGGCCGUCCAACAACAGCUGCAAGACCUUUGACGCCCAGCAGAUCUGUAUUGAGUGCAGCCCAGGCUUCUCCCUCUUCCUGCAGGGUUGUAUAAAGUUGUGUCCACCAGGCUUCACCUCAGGGCCGCAGCUCCUCAACCUGUCCCUGGAGAACUGGGUGGACCUGUCCUCAAUCCAAGCCUGUCUGCCCUGCAACCCUGCCUGCCUCACCUGCUCCGGCACCGGACCUACGGACUGCUUGUCCUGCCCGCCUCACAGCCACCUGGUCCUCACCUCCUGCCUGCACCAGAGCCAAGUCCAGCGUAAGUCCCCUCUGGCAGGGGGGCAGCAGGGCGGCGCGUCCCAGAGAGAGCAGGAGAUCCCAGCGGCGGCCGACGACAACAGCCAAGAGGGCGAGGAACCGCCUGGGCUCAGUGUAGCUCCAUCCAAUCAGCUGCCUGCGGUGGUGGCCGUGCUCAGCUGUGCCUUCAUCCUGGCUGCUUUUAUCGGGGUUUUCCUUUUACUGCAAAUGCGCUCCGGUGGCACUUUUUUCGGCUGGAGGACCAAACUGCCCUCUGUGUUCUCAGAGACGAGAGGAGUGAGGGUGGGUUUUGGCUUUGGCUUCGGCCAGGGACGGGAGAGGAAGACGCGGAUCUGCUACAAAGGGAUCCCCACUGUGUGGGGGGACGAGGACAUGAUCGCCUACGAGUCUGAAUCAGACAGCGAGGAGGUGGACGGUCACAGCGAGAGGACAGCUUUCAUCAAGACGCACAGCUCAUUGUAGCUGAGGCUGCGUCUCCCUGCUGACACCGCCGCCGUGUCCUGGCAGCGUCCAGACACACUGACGACUUGUCAUUCAUGUUUUUAUUCAUGUAUCUAAGGUGGUCUUAUGUGAUUAGUAUUUUCACUCCAGAUAAAUGAGAGAUUUGGUCCUGAUUUAAUGUGUUUAACUGACUCAAUUCUCUGGGUUGUAAUUUAAUUCAUUGAAUUACUUCAUUAAAGUGAUGCAUUUCUGCCACUGUAAACUGGAGACUUGCAAAAUAUGAAUGGUUAAAAGUAGAAGAUGUGAGAUAGCCUGACAUAUAAUAUUUUAGGAUGAUCCCACAUAGAGGGACAGAACUCUUACAUUUUCUCUAAAGCAAUUAAAAGCACCCUUCGUCAGAUUCCCUGCACUGCCUGGUUCAAAAUAAAUAACGUGAAAUUUAUUGUAGCCACAAUAACCCUGACGACAUCCCUCUGUGACGAGAACGCUGAGGUGAAACAAGCACAGUUGAACCGUAAAAUGGACAGACUGCUCCUUUUUGACCAGGCCUUUAUUAAGUAAGCAUCUGAUUUGUCCUCAGCGCGAACACUGGGUCAUGACUGGUCUGUGUAUCAUCCUCCUGUCGGAGCCAGCAGUCGUCAACUCCACUCUGUCUCCGUUCAUUAAUAGCGAGAAAAGGUAAAGUCGAGGAUUUAUGCAGCUCGCUGGGACAAUGCAAUAAAACCUCCUUCAGGAAACUGUGGCGGAUGCACUGUUUUCAAUCAAGCGGCAGUGGGAACUGCCACUGAAGCGCAGACAUAUCAGAUUAUUAAAUCUUACUGAGUUAUAGCAGAAUAAAACAGUUUUAAAUUUAAAUUUCAAAGAGGAAAAAAAAAGAAUGUUCUGACCUUUCCAACAUUUUUUUUUUCCCCCACUUGUUUGCUGUUGAGAUGAAACAAAAGCAGUUUCUCCUCAUUGUCCCAGUGGAGUGGCUAUUGAUUUUGAAACCAGAACAUUUUCAUCAGGCUCAGGUUUGUGAGCAGCGCCGUAACAUCCCAGAACAAAGACAUGCUUUAUUUCCCCAUCGAUAACCACGUGUGUGGACUCGCUGAACCAAAAGCUCGGGACGUUUACAGAGAAUCUUGUAAUGCAUUUGUUUUUUUUUAAAUGUUUGUUUUAUAUCCUUUUUUUAUUUAACUAAAUAAUGGGUGUGUUAAUAUUGUGGAGCUGGAAUAAAAAAAAAAAAA